GGACCAGCUGUUGUGUGUAAACUGAAUUUCGUUUUAAAAUUGUCUUUUCUUUUUUAAACUAGUUGUUAAAUUAAAUUUAAAAAAACAUGUCUUUGAGCAUGCUGUGCAGGCUACGCUUGCAACACUCUGAAAACAUUUCGAGGCACUUGCGGCACUUUAGCAGGCAGUUGGAUGGUAAUUCCGUGGUAAUUGCAGCUGCUGUGCGUACCCCACGCACUCCCUUCAAGGCGGAGGAGCAGCGGCUAGCGGGCAUUGUCAUAGAUGAGCUGGUGAAACGCACACUAGUGCCGCGGGAGGAGUUCAAAAAGCUAAUUGUCUGCUCUUCGUCGAAUGCAUCCGCCGCCGAGUGCCAGAAGCGACUUGCCAGUGUAGCCAAAGAGCUGGGCUUCAAGGGCUGCGAGACACAUGCCGUGCAGGACGACAUUUGCUCUAUUACAGGACUGCGUAUGACGCUGGAAAGUCUGCGGCAGGGACAAUCGCAAUGCAUUAUCACGGGGGACACACGCUGCCAGUUCCUAGAACCCGAUGAUGGCAUACUGGCCAAUGAACUAAUGACCGUGCGGCAGCCUCCAGUCAGAGGUAAAACGGAUGCCUCGGAGCACAUACCCACUUUGGGUGCUGCGGCACUGGCCUGGACCACAUACGAAACGGCAGAGCGCCUUCAGCUACAGCCGCUGGCUUUGGUGCGUGAAUUUGCUGUGAAAAAUAACCGAGAAGACGCACUGUACCACCUGCACGGCGGCAGUCCGCUGCUGCCCAGUCAAAUUCACACCUGGGAUCUGGCUACAAGCCGAGAACCAGCCAAGCCAUCGCUACAACUCGACCCAAGCGGCAGUAAAGUGUACACCCACGACAAUCUGCAUAUCACGGCCAGUCAUCUGCUCACACAUUUGGUGCACUCGCUGCCCGCUGGCGAGUUGGGCUGUGCCUACAUGGAUGGCAAGGAUGGCCGUCUGAUGAUCAUAUUUAUCGAAAAACUCGUGCCCAAAAUCGAACAGUUGGACGGUCUUCCACUGCUGACACUCUACACCAAGGAGAAGUGUUCUUUGUGCGAUGAUUUGGUGGCAAAAUUGGAGCAGAAAUAUGCUGGUAAAUUCAGGCUGGAAAAGGUGUACAUCGAUCGCAAGGAGAAUGUACGUUUCUUGAGACUAUUUCGGCAUGAUAUACCCGUCGUGUUCUUUAAUGGACAAUUUCUAUGCAUGCACAAAUUGAACGAAGAGGCGCUGCAGGAGCGACUGGCAGACUUGGGCACAGACUAAAGCUGUAUUUCAGGCCACAAACCAAAUUAAAAAAUGACUUUUUAAAA